ACCUUCUGAUCUGGAGUCAGACGCGCUACCAUUGCGCCACGGAUCCGGUUGGUAUAUAGUUCAAUUAAAAAUAUAUUGAAAGUAAAAGAUAACUACUCAGAGACAAGAAAGAUUGUAUUUCCCGCCAAACUGAACGAACUAGUGGAGUGUUUUCUCUCUGAGGAGAGAGAAUCUUGGAAAUUUGGCAAUGGCAGAAAGUUGGGAAAGCAUCGACGUGAAGCUGUCUCCGGCACCAGAUCAAAGGAUUCCGUUGAUGAAAUCAAGAAGAGGACGGCGGCGAGGCGACACCUGGGUGGUGUCGGUGUUCGUAAUAAUCGAAAUCGGAGUUUUCAUAGCCACCAUGCUCGUCAACGAUUGCUGGACCAAUUCUCACGGCGAUUGCAUUCUCCAAUCCCUCGGAAGGUUCUCCUUUCAGCCUCUCCCCGAGAAUCCUCUCUUAGGUCCUUCCCGCUCCAAGUUGGAUGAAAUGGGAGCUCUUCGACGGAGCCUUUUGACGGAGCAUCACCAAACGUGGCGUCUUUUCACAUUUCCAUUUUUGCAUGCUGGACUCUUCCACCUGCUCCUCAAUCUCUGCAGUGUCAUCUACGUCGGAGUUCGCCUUGAGCACGAGUUUGGUCCCGCGAGGACUGGUAUAAUCUAUGCAUUAUCUGCUUUUGUGGGUGCAUUGGUGGCUUCUCUUUUUCUCCAAAACAUCCCUGCUGUCGGUGCUUCCGGGGCUUUAUUUGGAUUACUAGGAACAUUGCUUUCCGAAAUUGUUUGGAACUGGAAAUUUCAUUCCAAUAAGAUUUCAGCAAUAGCAACAUUAGUCUUUGUCUUUGUGUGCAACUUCGUCAUUGGUUUUCUGCCUUACGUAGACAAUUUUUCAAGCAUUGGAGGUUUUAUAUCAGGAUUCCUUCUUGGAUCUGUUUUUUUACUCAGUCCUCCGCUCCGACCACCAGUAGCUCCAAAUAAAGGAGGUCUCAUUGAUUAUGGUAUCAAAAGUUACAUCAAGUUAAAGUUGAAGCAAAAGCUGGACAGACCAGUUCUCAGGAUUGUUUCUCUUGUCCUCUUCGGCCUAUUAUUGGCUGGUUGUCUUGUGGCGGUUCUUCAUGGAAUCAACAUCAACAGUUAUUGCACAUGGUGUCCAUAUGUUGACUGUAUCCCUUUUACAAGCUGGCACUGCAAAGACACAGAAACCUCUUGUGAGACAAUGGUGAGCAAUGCUCAGCUGACAAUGACCUGUAUUGGGAAUGGCAAUUUCCGGGUCUUUCCUUUUACCAAUAUCUCUCGGGCAAGGAUUAAUGAUUUGUGCUAUGUGAUAUGCUGACGAGACAAGUUGUUUCAAUCAUUCAAUGAUUCUUUUGGCACCAAAUUACCAGGAAAUUCUGUGUAGCUGAUUUCAAGUUGGCGUUUCCCUUUUUUUUUUUUUUUUUCCUGAAUGUAUAGAAACAGGAGCUUAGUUAGAAGCUCGAGGAAAUUGAUUUGACACAAAUUAGAGUUUGUGGAGCAUGUCUUUGGUUGUAAAUACCACCCUGAUGUAACAUUUCUAGUUCCUGGGCGAGAUGAAUCCUUUUCAUGCUUGUAGAAAAUUGAAGUUGAGGAAAAAUAAAUGAUUUCAUUUCUUAAUUGUUGUUAUUAAUAAUUACAAAAAUGAGAGAUUCACUUAAAAUCUUGGUUUUUCUCACUUUUCCUGUUACAGUCAUUGUCAUUUUCAUCCUUUUUUUUUUUUUAAAUCUGAGUGACAGCUGUGACACUUGGAACCACUUUCCAGCCCCUGAAUUCUGGCUUCAUCUGCUCAGUAUCGAACUUUCGCCGUAAAGC